UCCACCCCCUCCUUCUGCUCUUCCUCCACCUCCUCCUUCUCCUCCUCCUCCUCCUCCUCCUCCACCCCCCCCCUUCUCCAUCCUCAUCUGGAGGCGGCGGCGGCGGCGGCGGCGGCGGCGGCAAGAUGCACCCCAGCGCCCCCAGCUACCCCACGGCCUCGCUGUACGUGGGGGACCUGCACCCCGAGGUGAGCGAGGCGAUGCUGUACGAGAAAUUCAGCCCGGCCGGGCCCAUCCUCUCCAUCCGCGUCUGCAGGGACAUGAUCACCCGGCGCUCCCUGGGCUACGCCUAUGUCAACUUCCAGCAGCCGGCUGACGCCGAGCGAGCCCUGGAGACCAUGAAUUUCGAUGUCAUCAAGGGCAAGCCGGUGCGCAUCAUGUGGUCCCAGAGGGACCCCUCCCUCCGCAGAAGCGGCGUGGGCAACAUCUUCAUCAAAAACCUGGACAAAUCCAUUGAUAAUAAGGCUCUGUUUGAUACCUUCUCUGCCUUUGGGAACAUCCUCUCCUGUAAGGUGGUAUGUGAUGAGAAUGGGUCCAAGGGCUAUGGAUUUGUCCACUUUGAGACCCGAGAGGCCGCCGAGAGGGCCAUUGACAAGAUGAACGGGAUGCUUCUGAAUGACCGCAAGGUCUUCGUGGGGCGCUUUAAAUCCCGCAAGGAGAGAGAGGCAGAGAUGGGGGCCAGGGCCAAGGAGUACACCAACGUGUACAUCAAGAACUUUGGCGAGGACAUGGACGAUCUGAGGCUCAAGAGGCUCUUCGGUAAGUUUGGGCCGGCUUUAAGUGUCAGGGUGAUGACUGAUGAAAGCGGCACGUCCAGAGGGUUUGGCUUUGUGAACUUUGAGAGGCACGAGGAUGCCCAAAAGGCUGUGGAAGAGAUGAAUGGCAAAGAACUGAAUGGCAGAAAGAUCUAUGUGGGCCGGGCUCAGAAAAAGGGGGAGCGCCAGACGGAACUCAAGCGCAAAUUUGAGCAGAUGAAGCAGGACAGGAUCACCAGGUACCAGGGGGUGAACCUGUAUGUCAAAAACCUCGAUGAUGGCAUCGACGACGAGCGCCUGCGCAAAGAGUUCUCCCCAUUCGGGACCAUCACCAGCGCCAAGGUGAUGAUGGAAGGGGGCCGCAGCAAAGGCUUUGGCUUCGUGUGUUUCUCCUCCCCGGAGGAAGCCACCAAAGCCGUCACCGAGAUGAAUGGCAGGAUCGUGGCCACCAAGCCUUUGUACAUCGCUCUAGCCCAGCGCAAAGAGGAGCGGCAGGCUCACCUCACCAACCAGUACAUGCAGAGGAUGGCCAGUGUCAGAGCCGUGCCCAACCCAGUGAUCAACCCUUACCAGCCUCCUCCUUCGGGCUACUUCAUGACAGCUCUUCCUCAGACUCAGAACCGGGCUGCCUACUACCCUGCUGGCCAGAUCGCCCCUCUCAGACCCAGUCCUCGCUGGACUGCGCAGGGCGCCAGACCUCACCCGUUCCAGAACAUGCCCGGUGCUAUCCGCCCGGCGGCUCCUAGGCCACCAUUCGGUACCAUGAGGCCGCCUUCUUCCCAGGUGCCCCGAGUGCUGUCCGGUCGAGCGGCAAACGCAUCCGCUCAGAACAUGGGUGCCCGUCCGGCCGCCGGUGGCGGGGGUGGCCCUGCUGUCCGUUCUGUGCCACAGUACAAGUACGCUGCCGGGGUUCGCAAUCCCCAGCAGCAUCUCAACGCCCAGCCACAGGUUACCCUGCAGCAGCCUGCGGUUCACGUGCAAGGUCAGGAGCCUCUGACGGCUUCCAUGUUGGCGUCCGCCCCUCCGCAGGAGCAGAAGCAGAUGCUGGGCGAACGGCUGUUCCCGCUCAUUCAGGCCAUGCACCCUACCCUGGCUGGUAAAAUCACCGGCAUGUUGCUAGAAAUCGACAACUCGGAGCUCCUCCACAUGCUGGAGUCUCCCGAGUCUCUGCGUUCUAAGGUGGAUGAGGCUGUGGCAGUGCUGCAAGCUCACCAGGCGAAAGAGGCCGCCCAGAAAGCUGUGAAUAGUGCCCCCAACGUGCCUGCUGUUUAAAAGAUGAGGGACCAGCCGUGGCACCUCAGCAUCACCGAAGAAAAAUGUCUAAACAUCUGAAAAACUUAAAUGUUGUGAAAAAAAUGCAAAAUAUGAAAUAAAAAAAUGGAAAGGAAAAUUUGAACUUGAUGUACGAGAAAAUGACAGGUCUAGCAAACUUAAUGCUAGUCCUAGAAUACCUAUUGGUUUAAAAGCAAAAAAAAAAGGGGGGGGAGGAAAAAAAAAACAAAAACCACCACUCCCCCAAAAUAGUAAAAUAUAAAAACAAAUUAAUGUUUUGGGGGGAGGGAUUUCCAGCACAGUACAAAAAUUUAAAGCAUUCGUUUCUUUAAUUUUGUAAUUCUUUCCUGUGGAAAAGCUCAGAAUAUCACUACUGUUUUAUAUAACAGAAUUGAUAACUGAGCAAGGAAAUGUAAUGUGGAUUAUAAAAUUCUUGUUUUAAUAAAAAGUCCUUAAACAGUGGGGUGGGGGGAAAAUGAAUGAAAUGGAGAUGUGGUCCAAAGAAAACAAAUUUAAUCCUAGUACAAAAAAAAUAUCUAAUGGGAAAAAAUAUACAACAACCCUUAAAAUUUAAAAUGACACCUUCAAAUUCUACAUUAUUCAGGUUAUACCUUUUAUUUAUUAUUUAUUGACUAUUUAAAUUAUUCAUUUCAAUGAGAUGUGGAUAAGAUUAAUUCUUUGGAGAAGUCAGAGGAUGUAAAAAUUGAUCUGACACGGGGUCAUAAAUUCCAGAUGUCUAGAUGUAAAGGACCUAGUUAACAGAGGAAGAAAGUGACUUCAUUCCUUUUGAAAGUAGAGUCACAGGAAGAGCUAGCUUCUGCCUUAUAUUUGGUGGAGAGCUCUUAUCUCUAAUCUGGGCAUCCCCUUUUAGAACAGCUAAAUGUAUAAGCCAGCUGCUAUUGGCCUUUGGUGAUAUCCUGCUGACUCCUCCUUGGCAGUUUAUUUGAUAAGAUGGUUCUUCCUAUUAAGGUCUGGUUGCUUUUGAAAUCAGAUUUUCAGUUCUUUUUAAGCUAGUGAGAAUAUGUUUCAUUUUUCCCAGUCUUUUCUGAUAUGCCCCAUAGUCAGCCAUGUGGUCUCUCCAUCAAUGAGAGUAUCAGACUGGGAUUUAAGAAGUCUUUGGUUUGUUCUUGGCCUUGCUAUCACUGUGGCUGCUGCUGCUGCUACUUGUGCUAGCUGGAAAUUGUAAAGGGUUGGAAAGUUUGCAAAGCACUUUACAUAGUUCAACUCCUUCAUUGCUCCUAAUAGCCCUGUUGUCCCCAUUUGUACCUGAGGAAACUGAGGCUCAGUGGGGUUAAGUCACUUGUCCAGAGGCACCUAGGGCAGGAUAUGUAACUACCUAUGUGAUCUUAAGCAAGUGAUUUCUCCAGCCUCAGUUUCUUCAUUUGUAAGAUGACGGUUGGAUUUCUAGGGUCUCUCUCAAUUCUGAAAUUCUGUGAACUCUUUGAUUGGGAGCAAGACUGGCCUUAUGUGUGCAUGGAUUAGGUGAUCACUUAUUACUUAUGAGUUAGUAGGCAAAGGGAAGCUCUCUUCCUACCCACAGAGCUGGGACUUGAAUGAAUAUGGGACAUGGAUGAAUGAAUGAGCAUUUAUCAAGUGCUUACUAUUUGCAAAGCAUGGUGCUAAAUGCUGGGAUACAAAUGAAAAAUGAAGGUAGUUUCUGCUUUCAAGGAGUUCACUUUCUAAAAAGGAGAUAGUACAUGAGGAAGUUUCAGAUGCAAGUCAAAUAAAUGGAAAAGCUUGGAAAUGCAUCUUUUGUAGUGUCAUUU